UGGUAAGUUGAGCUGGAAUCUUUUAUAUAUAUUUAUGUGCUAAUUUCUCAAUAGUUAAGGUACGUCAUAUGCGACGUUAAUGCGCGAACGCAGAAGCUCCGUACUCGGAAACCCCCCAAUCUAACUUCAAGUCAAGGUCCGCCUCCAGACUCGCAGCGCCAAUGCCCCAACUACCAUGAUCGCGACGUUUGGCCAUGUCGUGAAGAAUGAUGGAUUCCCAGGACUGUACCGUGGUCUAUCCGCGUCCCUCCUCCGACAAAUCACCUACUCAACGACCCGUUUCGGCGUUUACGAGGAGCUUAAGGCCGCCGCUACAACCCCGACAUCGACGCCCUCCUUCCCUGUACUAAUAGCCAUCGCCUCUGCUUCUGGAUUUCUCGGUGGAUUUGCAGGGAACCCUGCUGAUGUCCUGAACGUCCGCAUGCAGCACGACGCAGCACUCCCAGCUGCUGAGCGCAGGAACUACAAAAAUGCCAUCGACGGCCUGAUCCGCAUGACCCGCGAGGAAGGAUGGAAAUCCCUAUUCCGCGGCGUCUGGCCCAACAGCAUGCGCGCUGUCCUCAUGACAGCAUCGCAGCUCGCCUCAUACGACGCUUUCAAGCAAGCCUUGAUCGUGCAUACCCCUCUUACGGAUAACCUGACCACGCAUUUCACGGCCUCCUUUGUGGCUGGUUUCGUGGCUACGACGGUCUGCUCUCCAGUGGAUGUGAUCAAGACCCGUAUUAUGUCAUCGACGGAGAGUAAUGGCGUGGGGAAGCUGCUGAAGGAUGUGUGUAAGUCUGAGGGGGUCAAGUGGAUGUUCCGCGGGUGGGUCCCAAGUUUUAUACGUCUGGGCCCACAUACUAUUGCGACGUUCUUAUUCUUGGAACAGCACAAGAAGAUCUAUCGAAAGGCCAAGGGGCUUCAUGAUGUGAACCUGGCGUAAUGAUGGUGGUGAAGAGAAAGGGUGGCCGCAGGCUCCACUCCUGUAUUAUUUACACACAAGGUCUGGCGUUUGAUCUGAAAGAGAGGCUUAGAGUUUAGUGGCCACACCACACGCAUUGCAUAUAUCGGCGUUAGUUUAGAUACUUUUGUAUAGACGUCAAGAGGCACCAUAUUGAAUAGACAUCAAAAUGUG